AAUUUGUUUGAUUUAUACUAGUAAAACUAACACUCAAAAUGUCUGAUGAUGUUUAUCUAGAGAGAUGGGUUUCAGAGAAAUUAUAUGAAACAUUGGACAUGUCUGAUAAACAUGUUGUUACUUUUUUAAUUGGGUUAGCUAAAAAAACAGCUUCUGCUGAGAGAUAUAUUGAAAAAAUACAAGAUGUCAUUGGGGAUGAGAAAAAUGCAUUCACAUCAGUAGCUAAAGAGCUCUGGAAUAAAAUUCCUAGAGUUAGUAAGAAUGAGAGUUCCAAUCGAAUAAAAGAAAAGUUAGCAUUAGAGCAGCAAAAGAAAAAUGCUACCUACACUAUGCUAUCAGAAAGCGAAGAAGAAAAUAUAUCAUUGCCAAAAAAAAAAACUAAUAAAAAUAAGAAGAAUGUAAGAAAACAUCGUUCUGAAUCAAGCUCUUCUGAAAACGAACCUAUUACAUCAGAAGCAAAAAAAGAAUCAGAAUCAAGUGACAAUGAAGAAGACAUCAGAGCUAAAGAUAUUGAAGAAAGAGAUCGAUUUGCUGAGAGACUUCGUAAAAAAGACAAAGAACAGACCAGAAAGCUUAUUGAAAAAUCUGAUAAAAAAGCAUUUGAAGAGGCAAAAAAAAGAUUACAGUUAGAAGAGGAAGAUCGAAAAAAAAUUAUUCCUGAGUUGAGAGAUCAAGCUAGGAAAGCAUAUGUUAAAAAAAGGAAAGUGGAAAAAGUUGAUGCACUAAGAGAAGAUAUAGAAGAUGAUGAAAAAAUGUUUGAAGAAUCAGAGUUAACUGAAAGGGAAAAGCUUGAGAGACAAUAUAAGAAAAAGAUUUAUAAUCUUGCCAAAGAUUAUGACAAUGUUUCAGCUGAAGUGAAGUUGCAAAGGUAUGUAAUACCUAGUGAUAAAGAUGGAUAUACAGAUACAUUUGUUGAAGAGCAACAAGUUGCUCAAACAUUUGUUAGUGAGCAGCAUCGUUGGGAAGAUUCAAAAAUUGAUCAUGCUGUUAUGAAAUUUGGUUCAAAAGAUGCUCAAAAGAAAUAUCAGGAGAAAGAAAAGCAGUAUGAUUUGCUUGUGGAAGAGGAUCAGAUAGCCUUCAUAAUGGCUGAUCGAAUGCCAGGGACAAAACUAAGUGAAGAGGACAUUAUUGUUAGUGAAGUGAAAAAAAAGAAAGAGAGUAUUAUGGAAUGUAGAAGAAGCUUACCAAUUUUUAAAUUUCGAGAAUCUCUUUUGGAAGCUAUUGAAGCACAUCAAGUUCUUAUCAUAGAAGGAGAAACUGGUUCUGGUAAAACUACCCAAAUUCCUCAGUACCUUGUUGAAGCUGGGUACACUAAAGAAGGAAAGAAGAUAGGUUGUACUCAACCAAGGCGUGUGGCUGCCAUGAGUGUUGCAGCACGUGUUGCUGAAGAAAUGGGAGUUAAACUUGGAAACGAGGUUGGUUACAGCAUUCGUUUUGAAGAUUGCUGUUCAGAAAAAACAAUUGUCAAAUAUAUGACUGAUGGAAUGUUGCUGAGAGAGUUUCUUGGGGAACCUGAUUUGGCUAGUUACAGUGUGAUGAUAAUUGAUGAAGCUCAUGAGAGGACAUUGCACACAGAUAUAUUAUUUGGACUUAUUAAAGAUAUUGCCAGAUUUCGGAAAGAUAUAAAGCUACUUAUAUCUAGUGCUACUCUUGAUGCUGAGAAGUUUUCAAUGUUUUUUGAUGAUGCUCCCAUAUUUCGUAUUCCUGGGCGUCGAUUUCCUGUUGAUAUAUUUUAUACCAAAGCUCCUGAAGCUGAUUAUAUCGAUGCUUGUGUUGUUACUGUGUUACAAAUACAUUUGACUCAGCCUGAUGGUGAUGUAUUAGUUUUUUUGAGUGGUCAAGAAGAAAUUGAAACAUGCAAUGAAAUGCUGCAAGAAAGAACUCGUAAGUUAGGAAACAAGAUUAAGGAAUUAAUUAUUUUGCCUAUCUAUGCUAAUUUGCCAUCAGAUAUGCAAGCAAAGAUAUUUGAACCAACUCCACCUGGUGCAAGAAAAAUUGUUAUUGCCACAAACAUUGCUGAAACAUCACUUACAAUCAAUGGAAUUAUUUAUGUAAUUGAUCCUGGAUUUUGUAAGCAAAAAAGUUAUAACCCGCGCACUGGUAUGGAAUCCCUUGUUGUGACUCCUGUCUCAAAGGCUUCUGCUAACCAAAGAGCUGGUAGAGCUGGGCGAGUAGCUGCUGGUAAGUGUUUUCGUUUGUAUACAGCUUGGGCAUAUAAAAAUGAACUCGAGGAAAACACCAUACCAGAAAUUCAAAGAACAAAUUUAGGAAAUGUUGUCCUGUUACUUAAAAGCUUAGGAAUAAAUGAUUUGAUUCAUUUUGAUUUUAUGGAUCCUCCUCCAGCAGAAACACUAAUUCUUGCAUUAGAGCAGUUGUAUGCUUUGGGUGCUUUAAACCAUAUGGGAGAGCUAACAAAAUUAGGUCGUAAAAUGGCUGAGUUGCCUGUAGAUCCAAUGAUGGCUAAAAUGAUUAUUGCUGCAGAAAAAUACAAGUGUGUUGAACAAAUAUUGACAAUAUCUGCUAUGCUCUCAGUCAACGCUAGCAUAUUUUACAGACCAAAAGAUAAAAUUGUACAUGCAGAUAAUGCCCGUAAAAAUUUUUUUCGUCCUGGAGGGGAUCAUUUAACAUUGAUGAAUGUGUAUGAUCAAUGGGCUGAAUCAGGUCACAGUACUCAAUGGUGUUAUGAAAAUUUUAUUCAGUUUCGUUCAAUGAGACGUGCACGUGAUGUACGGGAGCAACUUGAAGGACUUGUUGAUCGAAUAGAAAUUGAGCUAACAUCAGCAGCGCAUGACUCUGUUGGUAUUAGAAAAGCAAUUACCUCUGGUUAUUUUUACCACACUGCCAAGUUUGGACAAGGAGGAAACUAUAGAACUGUAAAACAUAUGCAAACAGUAAUGAUUCAUCCCAAUAGUUGCCUAUUUGAAGAACAGCCUCGUUGGGUACUUUAUCAUGAGCUAGUUUUUACAAGUAAAGAAUUUAUGCGGUCAAUCAUUGAAAUUGAAAGUUCGUGGCUGCUUGAAGUUGCCCCGCACUACUACAAAGCUAAAGAAUUAGAAGACUCUUCUGCUAAAAAGAUGCCUAAGACUAAAGGGGUGUCUAAAACUGAAGCCCGAGCAUUUUAAUAUCAUUCUUUUUUACCCUUGUAAAUAGAACCUAAAAAAAUUUAAUGUUUUCAUUUAAAUGACAAGAAACAAUAGAAAUCUUUUGACUUA